AUGGCUACUGAACUGGGUACCGAGAAGGCCAGCAUAAACGGAGGGCGAUUUGACGCAAGUCAGUACGCCUUCUUCAACGCCGACUCUGCCGCUUUACCUCAGGAAGAGUUAGGCGGCUUGGAGGAUGAUGGUGCAGAUGGGGAACUUGGCGGAUGGGACGAGAAUCCGGACAACCCGGAAGAACCUUCUGUUGAGUGGUCGGAUCAGCCAAGCCUUAAGACCGACGAUGUAGGUGAUGACUUAGGGCUCAGUCUCCAGCAGCUUCGGAUAAAAGACUCGGAGCAGAGCAAGCCGGAGCAACAGGAAAAAUGGUUGGAGCGACAGCAAGAAGAGCAGAUUCCUGUAGGAUCGGAAGCCUCUAGGGUCUCAGCAAGUCAGAACAUCGGACCGCCAUCUGCUGGCGUUUCGGGUCCCCCUCUGCCGACUGGGUUCGUUGGCGGAAUGCCGCCUCCUACGAUGCGCCCCAUGGGCAGCCAUCCCGGAGGUGCUUGGCCCGCACCUCCUGCCCCUUUUCUUCUUCCCCCUAACAUGCCUCUUCCGCCGAAUUUUGCGGGGCCGCAAGGCGUCGCCGUUCCGCCGCCGUGGCCUGCGCCAAAUGCACCCUAUCAGCAGCAGCAACCGCCUCCGCUACCACAGGGUCAGCAGCAGCAGCAGCAGUUCUUGCAGCCUCCAGGGAUGCAGCAGCAGCAGCAGUGGGCGGGCAGCCCAGGCGCGUGGCCGGGACCGGAAGCUACGGCGGGUCCUGGUGCUUCUCCGGCUCAAGGGGGACAGGUUAUGAUGCCGACGUCCGUCGGCAUGUCUGCCGGGCCGGGCCCCGCGCGGCCCAUGCACAAUGCUCACGGCGGCCCUGGAGCCGGUGGCCUGUCGGAAGGGGGUGGCGGUUCGCCGGGUAUGGUGAGGUCGCAGUACAUGAGCGUGGAGGAAAUGCAGUCCAUUAUCCGUAUGCAGUGGGCAGCUGUUCAUGCCGGGGAUCCGUAUGUGGACGACUAUUACCAUCAAGCGGUGGAGCAGCGCAAGGCAGCGGCUGCUGGCAUGCGCCUCCGCCACUUCGCGCCCGCUACCCUCCAGCCGCCAGGGAGCUUGCAACGAGGCAACGGGCAACAGCAGCAGCAGUCCACAGUCGCGUUCGUUCCGAUUCAAGGUCUGGGUCGAGUUCCUAUUCCCUCCAUUCGCCGUCCGCGGCCGUUGCUGGAUGUCGAGCCGCUUGCUUGCCUGCACUCUUCGUGGCACGAAAGCGGGCUGGGAGGCAAGGGAGAUGGAGUCGGUCCGGAUGGGCGGCAGCAGCCAGUGCGGCCGCUGGAGCAGGAGCCUAUGCUAGCGGCGCGCAUAGCCAUUGAGGAAGGCAUGAACGUGCUGCUUGACGUUGAUGACAUUGACCGACUCUUGUCCUCGCCCCAGCCGCUCCCACCACAUGCUGCUGCGCAGUUGCAUCGCACGCGCCACUUGCUUCUGGAAACCCUCGCGGCCUCGCUCCAGCUGUCGGAUCCUCUCAUUCCUGGAAGCCCGCUUGCUCCCAUGCAUGAUGUGCGAGCCGCGGCCUCCGCUGCAGCAACUGCUGUCGCCGCUGCUGGACCUACUGGCGGCUGGGGAGGAAGGAGUGGAGUUGCAGCUGCAGCUGUGAGCAAGGAGAUGCCUCUUGAGCUUCUCCGUUCUGCCCUGCCUCACACAAGCCAGGAGCAGCGUGACCAGGUUGGAGCUCUUCUCCAGGGACUGCUCCGCAGCAGCAACAGUGCUGCAUAA